UUAUUGUCAAUAAAUUUAAAUAGAAUGAAGAUUACAGAUGCCCAUCGAAGGUGUAUUCAGGCAUUUCUCUCUACCCCACUAAUGAGUUCAAAUCAGCUUAUUCAACUUUACAUAAACAUAUCCAAAAAAUAUAAUAUUAGUGUGCCUAAUGAUCCUGAUGAACUUACUCAUCUAUUUAAAGAAUUUUUCAAAAAAGUGGAUUCUUUUAUUCAACCAUAUCAUAUAAGAAUUAAAAGGGGCAUUGAUGAAGUUACUGGUGAUCAAUUUUAUGCUUUGAUCAAUUGUGUUAAUAAUCCUAUAUCACAAUUGGAAUGUUCAAUGAAUAAUAUGCACCGGGAAUACUUUUAUAGAGUUAUAGAACACAUUAUGAAAUCCAAGAAGGGUUCUUCAGUUCGCUAUGAUUUGUAUAAAUUAGCACAUCGACCUUCUACAGUCAGGGAAACGAUUACCCAAAAAUCGAUUUUAACAGCCACAGAAGCUCAGGCUGCAUUAAAAUCCUUUAUUGAUAAUUACUGGUUACAAGAAGAUAAAGACGAAAAGAUAUCUCUGAGUCAACGAUCCAUAUUGGAGUUGGAACCUUAUUUGAAAGUUAUAGCUGAAAAAGAUUUUACCGAAAAUUCUGCCAAUUCGCCUUCCCAAAGUUUUACGACCUUUGAUCCUAACUGCUAUUUAUGCAAAAAAUUUUGCACUAAGUAUGAAAAAUGUCCAAAUUGUUCUGUCAAGAUUCAUCCCUUCUGUCAUACCAAAUUUGUGAGAAAUAUUAAAUCCGAAAACGUUACCAUUUUUAAUUGUCCAUCCUGUGAAUUCUAGUUCUUGACUAAUAUUUUUUUUAACUUUUUGUUAUGAAAACUAAUUUUUACUCGUUUAUUGCUAUGUUUAUAUUACAUCAAAAUUUAAGAAUUUUAACUUAUACUUAUUUAAUAUUAUCACUGAUUUUUUGACAUUUAGCCUAUACUUGAUUUUAUUAUUUUCCAUAUUUGGUUUAUAAAUAUUGAUAUCUAAUAUUUUUCAAAAAAUUGUAUAUUCAUAUAAUGAUUGUAAAAAAACUGCCGAAAAAUUAUAGAUAAUAUAA